GACUAAUUGUUAAAUGGUAUAUGAUUUGUUUGCAUGGGUAUCAUUGUACUCUCAUCUACUAGCCUUCGCUCUUAAAAGUGUUUUAGAGUGUAUAAUUUUUCAUUUAUGCUCAAAAAGAAUAGAGAAAACGAAAGAACACAGAAAAAAGGUGCUGCAGAAGAAAAAAGCAUUGGAAGCGAAGAAGGCAUCUAUCUCCUUUUCACAAAUAAAGGAAGAUGAUAGUCCUGAAAAGAGAAGGUCACACCAACAGCUCCAAGAUUUUGUACGAAAAUAUGAUGAACCCGCGUUUGUUAAAGCCUAUAACAAGAAAAAAUUACUAGUGUUGUGCCGUGCUUAUGGUGUUGGCUCAAUUAAUUCAAAAACAACGAAGGUGAACAUAGUUAAAAAAAACUAAUUCCUGAGAUCCAAUCGCAUGCACAAAUUCCAAAUCGAAG